CAAUAAAGACAAUUCGUGCCGGAAACAAGCUAGUGGCAAAUAAAAAUGGCUAAUAAAGUGCUUGUAACUGGAGCUUCCGGCCUUCUUGGAAGAGAAAUUUUGAGACAGUUUGUGUUCAAUGGAUGGGAUGCUCUAGGCCUAGCCUACUCCAGGGUCCAUGGCUCCCUGAGAAAAGUUGAUCUCUGUGAGGAGGCUCAAAUUGAAGCAGUUCUUGAUGAGUUCUCCCCUGCGGUGGUGGUGCACUCUGCUGCUGAAAGAAGACCUGAUGUGGUAGAGAAGCAAACACAAUCCGCUACUGCCCUAAAUGUUAACGCUACUGAGAAGUUAGCGUCGCUCUGUGCUAAGAAAAACAUCUAUCUUCUUUACAUAAGUUCCGACUACGUAUUUGAUGGAAAUAAUGCACCUUACAAGCCUGGGGAUUCCACCAAUCCACUCAACACGUAUGGACAAAUGAAACUCGAUGGAGAAAUUGCCGUGAGAAAGUACAAUCAAUUUGGUGUGCUGAGAAUUCCCGUUCUAUAUGGAAGUGUAGAAUCGCUGGGAGAAAGUGCCGUUACAACUCUAUUUCAAGCUGUCUUGGAUUCGAGCAAGCCUGUCAAGAUGAACGAUUUUCAACUCCGAUAUCCCACCCAUGUAGCUGACUGUGCCCAAGUUUGUGUUGGGUUAGCGAACAGACAAGUGAGCGACGGUGACAGUAAUGCUGGUGGAGUAUGGCAUUGGAGUGCUGAGGAAUGUUUCACCAAGUACACUAUGGCAAUGGCUAUGGCUCAGGUGUUUGGACUCAGUAGUGAUCACUUGGUUGCUGACAAAAGUCCUCCCAGUGGAGCUCCAAGGCCGUUUGACUGUAAUUUAGAUACAACAGAAACAAAGAAAGCUGUGCAAGUUCAACAAACACCCUUCAAAGAUGGAAUUCGAGCAGUCCUUGAGUCAUAUCUCCCAUAAACUGUUUUAGAACUUAUAGACUUGCUAAUUAGUGCUACUUGCUUUGACAUUAUUGUUGUGCUAAUUAUAGACUAGCUAAUUUGCUACUUGUAUAAUUAUUGCUUUGAUAUUAGUAUUGUGCUAA